AUGGCAACGGCUUCAUUGAUUAAGGAAGAUCCUCACAUAGCUGACACAGUCAAUAAAACGGAAUCGUACCGCGUAUUAAGGGGCCGGGUGAAUGGUUUAGGAUAUUCCCCGGAUGCACGACUGAUACCGUACUUAGAGCUAGCUGGAUUUGGGUCAGCAGCAUUGAUCCGGACGUUUGAUUUGCGGUACGAUUUAAUAUCCGCAUUGGUUGAGUGUUGGCGCUCGGAGACCCACACUUUUCAUUUGCCGUGUGGGGAGUGCACUGUCACUCUGGAGGAUGUUGCACUGCAACUUGGGCUCCCAAUCGAUGGGAGUCCGGUAACGGGCGUAAGUGCGAUAGCUGAGCCGGCUGCACUUUGUUAUAGCCUCCUAGGAGCCUCGCCCGGCGAUGAUGAGUCCAAUUUAUCGGGUUUGAAAUUUACAUGGUUGAAAGCAAAUUUUCAGCAUUUACGAGAUAAUGCCACUGAAGAAGAGUUGAUGUGCGCAGCUCGAGCGUAUAUUAUGCAUAUUAUAGGGGGUGUAUUGAUGCCCGAUGCGAACAACAACAGGUCAUGGGCUCUUUAUCGGAUGCCAUUCUUGGCAUCGGUUAGUCACCAGCCAUACGUAUAUCCACUAGUUAACAGAUGGAGUAUUUAUCCGGGUAUCGGGAGGUCGUAUACUGUCCCGAUAUAUCGUUUGUUGAUUGAGCAACAUGCCGGAGAAGGGAUAAGCUAUUCCAAUAUUCGCGACAUACCAGAAAUUGUGGUCGUUAUACCAUUUUCUGCCUAUGUUCAUUCUCAAUUGUGGUGCACUAACGCACCAAUUAUCAAUUUCAAUGUAGUCGAGUGGUACCAUGGGGAUCGAGUACUACGGCAGUUUGGUUGCAUCCAGUAUAUCCCAGAACCGCCAAAGGAGGUGGGGAAGGUUCACGGCAUCAACAAGAGAGGGAAACAUGGAAUGCAUUGGGGGGUUGUGCACCAGAGAUAUAUUGCGGUGUGGGAUAAUCGGAUGGGUCGAAGACCUCGGAUGGAUAUGUCUUCCGAUUUGCAACCAUCGCCGGAGUACAUGCAAUGGUACUUUAGUAUGGGAAAGCCAUAUUUACUUGGUGCCCAAUCAUUGUAG